UUAUUUUGUUACAUAACGGGUUUAUCGUAUUAUAUGUAACAUACCAAGUCAAGUAUUACAAUGGUGAAAACCCGUCGAAGUAACGGAGAGAAUGGGGAGGUUGACGAUGGGAAUUACGCUGUAAACGACGUUGGCAGUAUUUCUGAUGAGAAGGCAAGCAAUUGGUCUCAACGAGAGUUGAGGAGUAGUCAGUAUAAAGUUACUAGAACAAUCCAACACUGGCCUACUAAAUAUAGUCGCAGACGCUGCACCAUCAAGAUGCCUCGUAUUGUGUUUAAUGAAAGUGAUACGGAACCCGAAAAAUAUUCCCGAAGAUCUAGGCAAGUGAGAGUGUUCUUUGCUGAAGAUAAUGAGCCCACCAAUAGUGUCCGUCGCAGUCGUGGUCCAAGGAAGAAUUACGUGGAAGACAGUGAAGAUAAACCUAUACAAGAGAACGUAAGAAGAAGCUGCCGCAAGCGUAAGCUCCUACAUCACAAUUUCAAUGAGAGUUGGAUAACUAAUGAAUUGAAAGUCAAAGGCUAUCCAGAUUUGUAUGGCUUCCACGGGACUAGUUCUUCAGAUGAGUCAUACUCUGGCGAUGAAACUAGAAGAACUCCAAAAAAAAUGACCAACAACCAUGUCCCCACUAAUACAGAUGAAGAUACACAGCUCUCAAGACAAAGACGAACAUCCGCACGGUUUCUCAAUAAGAAGUCCAAUGAAGCAACUGAAUCGGAUUCUGAAGAGGAACCAAAUCAAACUGUCAUUGAAAAAAAACCUUCAACAGAAACUAAAAAAGAAGAAGAGAAGAUGGAAGUCCAGUCCAUUGAAGAUGUAAAAGCUGAAAGUGAACAAAAUAUUCAGGCACCAGACACUGAAAGUAAUCAAGCUCCUGCAAGAUCAACCAGAAGUAGCAGAGGGAGGGGUCAAACAAAGAAAGAAGAUAGUCAGGAGACAGCAUCCGAUACAUCGUCGUCGGAAAGUGGGAGCGAGCUGACGAUGGGUGGCCAGCCGCGCCGCUCUAACCGUACACGCAAACCUAAACCUGCUUUCGUACAAAUCGCCCAGGGACAGACCCGUAGCAGAGCAAAAACAUUUACAAUAAGAAAGAAACCAUAUUCGUUGAGAGAGAGGAAACCAAAAAUUUUACGCAGGAAGACAAUCAGAUCACAAUCGCCGUCCAGUACAAGCAGUAGUAGUACAACGAGCUCCGAUACAGAAGAAGAUCUAAAUGUUUCUAUGAAAAAUAAGACUAAGGGCAGGCAAAAGACAAAAGCCAUGGAUGACAAGAAAACAGAUAGAGCAUUAAGAGAUAUACAGCCUGUUGAAGUUGAUGGCAGUGUGAGAUUCUCAUCGGUGGGAGGUCUGGAAGAACAUAUAAAGUGCCUCCGAGAGAUGGUGCUCUUUCCUCUCAUGUAUCCGAACUUAUUUCAAAAGUUUAACACGAGGCCGGCAAAAGGAGUGUUAUUCCACGGCCCACCAGGCACUGGCAAGACACUGUUGGCGAGAGCUUUAGCCAACGAAUGUAGUCUGGUCGGUGGACGGAAAGUGGCAUUCUUCAUGAGGAAAGGAGCAGACUGUUUGAAGAAGUGGGUCGGUGAGAGUGAAAG